CAGCCUGCACGGGAAGCGAAGGUGGUGGGGAGAGAGAGAGAGAGAGAGAGACGAGUGGAAUUCGCAGACAAUAGAUCUCAAAAUCCGAUCGUCUCCAACCAUUGAACCUACUACACGAAAAAGCCAUGGCGACGAGAUCCAGGAGAGCCCUAACUUUUAUAGGCCAAGCCUCAAACUCCGCACGCCGCGAUCCUUACUGAUUCUGAACUUCUUUAGCCCUAAUACCUGCAUUCGCUUGCGGCAUGGCGGCAGAGAAGUGGCUUUUCCCCAUUAUUUCCGUCUCAUUCGUUACUGUUCUACUCUUUCUUUCCGCCAUCUCCGGCUUCACCGCCUCGUCCGCCUUUUUUUCCCGCCUGCCAGACCCUGCCUAUGUCCUCCAAGGGCGGCGCCACCCGCCAUCGUUCGCCUACUACAUAUCUGGCGCCCGGGGAGAUGGCCGCCGAAUGCUCCGGCUACUACUCGCCGUCUACCACCCGAGGAAUCGAUACCUUCUCCACCUCUCGCAUGAUGCGCCUGAAUCAGAGCGUGCCGCGCUGGCAUCGGCGACUAAGCUGGCGGUGCCGGCGAUUAGGGCGUUCGGGAACGUCGACGUAGUGGGGAAAGCGGGCGCGAUGACGUACAUGGGGCCUUCCGGGCUUGCGGCGACACUGAAUGCCGCUGCAGUUCUUCUGCGGUUGGAUAAAGGGUGGGAUUGGUUCGUGACACUUACUGCUGAAGAUUAUCCGCUCGUCACGCAGGAUGAUCUGAUCCAUGUCUUCUCCUCCAUGCCACGAGAUCUUAACUUCAUUGAUCACACAAGUGACCUCGGUUGGAAAGAGUCUCAGAGGGUGCAACCAAUAAUAGUUGAUGCAGGCAUCUACUUAUCAAAAAGAUCUCAAUACUUCCAGGCUUCCGAGAAGCGCAAGACCCCAGAUUCUUUCAAAUUCUUCACAGGUUCCCCAUGGGUUAUUCUUAGCCGAUCCUUCUUAGAGUACUGUAUUUUAGGUUGGGACAAUCUUCCUAGAAUGCUCCUUUUGUACUUCACAAAUGUAAUAUUGUCCCAAGAAGCCUAUUUUCAGUCGGUUGUCUGCAACUCCGUGGAGUUCCACAAUAAGACAGUGAACAAUGACCUUAGGUAUAUGGAAUGGGAUAAUCCUCCUCAGAUGGAGCCUCUGUUUCUAAACCAUUCCCAUUUUGAAAAAAUGUGUGCCAGUGGAGUGCCAUUUUCAAGGAAGUUUCGGGGAGAUGAUGCGGUGCUUGAUAGUAUCGACGAACAAAUUCUCCAUCGAAAAUACCAUUGGGUAACUCCAGGUGCCUGGUGCUCUGGAAAGAGGAGUUGGUUUUCUGAUCCUUGCUCACAAUGGAAGAAUGUAAAUUCGGUCAGGCCCGGACCACAUGCAGAGAAAUUUGAGGUUUUGAUGAAGCGGCUGCUGGAAGAAUGGAAGUCUGGAUCAAACUCAUGUAGGUUAUAAUAGAGAUAAUAUACAAGACAUACUGCUUAAGCAAGCAGCUGUUUCUGCUUCUAGCGAUGUCACCUUAGUUUUUUUUUUUUAAUUUUAUUUUUUAUUUAUUUAAGU